AUGGCACCCCAAGUCGCCCCAAUUGAUGAAUCGAUCAUCCAGAACCUCGUCGCCCAAGAUCAUGUGAAAUGGUGGAACAAGCCAAACCUGCGACGUCUCUACCUGCUCCUCAUCCCCUUUUGCCUGUUCAUCGAGUCAACAUCCGGCUUCGACUCCUCCAUGAUGAACGGCAUGCAAGCUCUGACCUACUGGAAAACAUUCUUUAACCACCCCAAGGGCGGCCAGCUGGGUUUGCUGGUUGCUUGCUACAACUUGGGCGCGAUUACGAGUAUCCCGUUCAUCUCACUAGUGUCGGAUCAUUUUGGACGGAGGAAAAGUAUUGUGUUUGGGAGCGUGAUCAUGGUGAUCGGCGCCAUCAUGCAAGGCCUCUCUCAAAACCUCGCCAUGUUUGUGUUCUCUCGCAUCUUCCUCGGUCACGGCAUUGUGUACGCCAUCAUCGCCGGCGCCGCUCUUCUCGGUGAACUAGGCCACCCAAAAGAGCGCGCAUUUCUGGGUAGUUUGUUCAACGCGUUCUUCGGCGUGGGAGCCGUUCUCGGCGCCGGGAUCAUCGUGCAGACGCGCCUCAUCCAGAGCGACUGGAGCUGGCGGCUACCUUCGAUCCUGCAAGCUACACCCUCGCUGAUACAAAUUGUCUUCGCCUUUACAGUUCCAGAAAGUCCAAGAUGGCUCAUCAGCAAGGAUCGGCACGAGGAGGCGUUGGAGAUCCUGAUCAAGUAUCAUGCUGAGGGCGAUGCGAGCGCGGAGCUGCCGCACGUCGAGUUGGCGGAGAUCCAGGCGGCGCUGAAAAUCGAAAACGAGUCGAGAGCGAGGGGAUGGGGUGAGCUGUUCCAGACGAAGGGUAUGCGGCACCGGAGUCUGGUUGCUGCUGCGUUGGGUCUUUUUGUGCAGUUCUCUGGCAACAAUCUGAUCAGCCAAUACUUCGUCCCUAUUGCGGAGAAAAUCGGCAUCACGAGUAGCUACGACCAAGUCCGCUACAAUGUUGGUAAGGAGAGCUGGGGCUUCCUCGUCAGUCUGGUCAUGGCGAGCAUCACUCCAAGAUUUCCAAGGCGGAAGAUGUACUUGCUGUGCGCGAGCUGUUUGCUUGCUGUUUACACUGCCUGGACUGUUGCACAAGCCCGUAACCGCAUCACACAGUCAAAAGAGAGUGGAUAUGCGGUGUUGGUGUUCAUUUUUUUGUACUCGCCCGCGUACUGCAUCGGCUACAACGCCUUGACCUACGUCUACAUGGUCGAAAUAUUCCCCUACUACGUCCGCACCAAGGGGCUGAGUUGGUUUCAACUGUUUGGUAGGACGGCAGUUAUGUUCGGAUCUUUUGUCAACCCCAUCGGUCUUGAAAACAUCGACUGGAAGUACCUCAUCGUAUACGUGGUAUGGCUGUGUUUUGAGAUCGUUUUCAUCUACAUAUUCUUUCCUGAAACGUAUGGAAAGACACUGGAGGAGUUACACUUCUUGUUCGAGUCCGAGAAAGAUGAGCGUGAUCAACUGGCUGCUGCGGCAACCAAGGUUAUCAGUGACCCGACAGUUAUUGAGCUCCACGAGCAUCCAGAAAAGAAGGCUUGA